ACCCCCCAAAACACUCCUCUUCCUCUUCCUCCUCCUUCAAGGGUGGCUCUUCUCUGUGUCUCUUCUUUGUUCUUCCUCUCAUUGUCCUUGAACUUGAAGGCCCUCCCUCUCUAAUGGAGAAGACUCACGAGAGAGAGACUCACGACUUCAUGAACGUCGAGUCCUUCUCUCAACUUCCCUUCAUCCGCCCCGCCCCCGUCAACAAGGAGAAGGGCAUCAAGCUGUUCGGCUUUGAGUUCGGGGCCGAAGGCGGCGCCGGCCAGGGCCACAGCGGCAACGAGGAAGAGUGCGGGGGCGAUGCUGAGACCGGUGUGGCCGAGGAGGCAAGCAAGGAUGGCGAGAGCAACGGGGAGAGCGGGCGGCGGUUCGAGUGCCACUAUUGCUGCCGGAACUUCCCCACCUCGCAAGCCCUCGGCGGCCACCAGAACGCUCACAAGCGAGAGCGCCAGCACGCCAAGCGCGCCCACCUCCAGUCCGCCAUGGCCCAUGGUAGCCUUUCCGACACCCAUGUCUACGGCUUCAUGAACUACCGGCUCGGCUCCGCCGCAGCCAUGUCUUACCCUACAUGGAACAAUAGUAGCACCACCACCAUUUCGAGUAACAGCACUAGGUUUUAUGGAGGCCACGGCUCUUUCUCUCAUCAACAGCCCAUCAAUGGGAGUCCUCUAGCCUUGUGGCGAAUCCCCGCUGCUAGCUCCGGCUUCAGCCGUGACCACCACUCAGCGCACCCCCUGCCAUUAUUCGCCGGGGACGAGACUAUGAAGCGAUCUCCAGGCGGAGGCAAUAGCGUGAAUCCUCAAAGCAGGUACGUUUGUGAUGGGAAGGCGAGCAUGCAGGACCAUGUGAGCUUGGAUCUUCAUCUGUAGCUGGUCUGAUUAAACUCUGUAUAAUUAACGAGGAUUUUUUAGAAUUCUAAUUCUCUCAAAUUGCGCGGUAGUAAACGUUUUACAAUCAUAAGAGGAAAAAAAUUGAGAGAGAGAAAGAGAGACGGUUCUAAUUUAUGGAUACCCUCCUUGCUAUUUCUUACUCCAUAGCAAUGAUAACCUUUCUCCUUUGAUUUUUAUUAUGUAAAUGAAGUGAGUCUCGAUCUUCAA